AUGGCUCCAAGAUCCGAUUCACAAACCCUAGCAACCGGCUCCAGCGUAUCUGACGGUUCAGAUCAAUCCUCAAUCGAUCCAAUCUUCCACCUUCUCCGACUCCUCCCGUUCUCUUUUCUCCGACCACCGCGUCUCCGUCUCAAGAUCCCAUCCUUCACACUUCCUUCUCCGAUGACUGUAUACGCACUGAUUCUCCUCACUUACUUCCUCGUAGUAUCCGGAUUCGUCUACGACGUGAUAGUCGAGCCUCCAGGUAUCGGAUCAACUCAGGAUCCAGUCACCGGAACGGUACGACCCGUGGUGUUUAUGUCGGGUCGGGUCAACGGUCAAUACAUCAUUGAAGGUCUUUCCUCUGGAUUUAUGUUCGUUCUUGGUGGGAUUGGGAUCGUUAUGCUUGAUUUGGCUCUUGAUAAGAACAGAGCAAAGAGUGUUAAAGCUUCUUAUGCUACUGCUGGAAUCUCCUCUAUUGUGAUUGCUUAUGUUAUGAGUAUGCUCUUUGUCCGAAUUAAGAUCCCUGGUUAUCUCCAUUAG